CACAGCACUGUGGUCACCUUUAUCGACCCGCUCUUACGUCAUUGUUCAAAAUGGCGACUGGCCGUUGCGUUUUUUAGGAAGACAACUUGGGAUUCCUCCAAGGAUUAGCUGCGUGUUUUUGCACAUUCCCUGAGCAUUUCCCCUGCUACGCUGACCCGAUGUAGAAUCAACUAGUUACUUCGAGAGCAAGAGAAGCCAUGGUUUCUGCGAUCAUAUCCCGGUUUGUCGUGCUUUUAUUUGGAACCCUGUAUCCAGCUUAUGCAUCGUACAAGGCAGUGAAGACGAAGAACGUACGAGAAUAUGUGAAAUGGAUGAUGUACUGGAUUGUGUUUGCCUUAUUUACAUUUGUGGAGACUUUUGCAGACGUCUUCAUAUCAUGGAUGCCAUUUUACUACGAGGUGAAGAUAGUGUUUGUGGUGUGGCUGCUGUCUCCAUACACGAAGGGGUCCAGUUUCAUAUACAGAAAGUUUGUACAUCCAGCAAUGUCCAAGAGGGAAAAGGAGAUUGAUGAGUACAUAGCGCAGGCCAGUGAGAGGAGUUACGAGACGAUGGUGAAGAUGGGGAAGAGUGGACUGAACAUGGCGGCAACUGCUGUUGCUAAGACAGCUAUCAAAGGUCAGCAGACAAUAACAGAGCGGUUAAUACGCGGGCUGAGCACACAGGACCUGAGCACAGUCGGACGGGAUUCCAGCAGCGAGCGUGACGUCCCGUCUUCCCGCAUGUCUGUUAGUGACGAUGAAGCGCUGACCAUGAGAACCAGCACUGUAGAUAGCAACAGACUAACAGAAGAGAUGGAGAGACAAAGAGACAGGAAGGAUGGAGAAGAGAUUGUGGAAACCAAGUACACCCACAUACGGGGGCCACGCAGCAUGCUAGAGGAGCAGGCGGGGGGCGAACCGGGACUCCCGCCCACCGGGACAUGGCCCCGUCAGCGCAAGUUGUACGACUCGGGGCCACAGCUCCGCAGAUCCCUGUCUGUUAACUAUGGGACCGAUUCCGAUCGUUCGGACCGUCUUGAUCGGCCCUACCUGUACAGAACCCAGUCCAUGUACCUAAGCUCUGGGUACCGCUCGACCCUCCCAGCAACAUACGAGGGUGGUGGUCAAGCGGGUACAAGUCAGAAACCAGCUUCCAGCAAGUCCAGGAAAGCAGUAAAACCCAUCCAAGUGAUAAUUGAUGAUGAUGAUGAUGGUGAUGAUGAUGAUGAUCUCACUGAUGAACAAAUUCCCAUCAAGCCAGCUCCUACCAAGUACAAGAAGAAGGAGGUGGCAGGCAAAGUAGGUAUUAAGAUGUCAUCACCAGCCUACCAAAGAUCUCUAGCAAAGUCAAGCGUAGGAGAUCCGAGAUUCCUAAGACUGAACCAACAGAGCAUCCAAGAAAAGGUCCCAUCUAUGCCAGAACAAGAUCACUUCGCAGAAAGACCAACACUUAACCAACAGGCACCUUCUGCAGAGGACACCCAACACAAACUCAGAGGACCCUGGCCACACACCCACCACCAAAACCGUGGAAAAGAUACUGAAAACAUGACAAAAAAUGCCACCAAGAAGACUGAAACAGACAGAUGUAAAGGAAAAUCUAGAAUUCAACAAAAACCACAAUAGAAGUUGGCUAGCAUAUUUCCUGAGGUUACUGUUACAUAUGUUACAAAAAAGCCUUAGAAACAGAAUAUAACAGGUAAGUCUAAAAAAAAAAUAGAGGGGGUUAGAAAGCUAUGAACAAAACAUUGAAGCUUUCAUUCUUAUCAAUGUUUUGAAAGAUGAUCAAACCUGGUAGUAAUCAAUGAUAAUGAUAAAUGAAUAAAAUAGGUGUUUUACAUACAGCAAGCAAUAGUCAGGAAUAUGACACACACACACACCCGUACUUACCUACAUCCUCACCUUCAAACACAGUUAAACAAAAGCUAAAGUCAUGCACAAUUGUUACCUUAUUUAUAAACACUUGUGGAUAGACUAUGUAAAUCUUCUGUGACUGUGAUUGAUUUGUUGGUAAGGCUUAGGAAAAAAUAUGUUUCCAGUUUGUGGCCUUGAUGUGGCCAUGAUGUUUUUAAUCCUGGGGAGAGGUUGGACUCCUUUUCAUUAAUUGUGACCUGUUGCAGAAGUAUGUUGUAACAAAUGCAUAUAAACCUAACACGAAAAGGUCAGAAACUUAAUUUUAGUUGUAUAAUGUAAUUGACAAAGGUAAUAAGAUACGACCAACCAAAAUCAAGUUUUUGACAUUCUAGACUUACGAGAGGUGGUCAGGUGGUGUGUAGUGGUAGAGAAACUGGCAGAGAAUGGGGAGUAAUUGACAUGUAUUGUUGCAAUAUGUGGUGUGGUGAAACAUGUUUGAUGUGUGGGUCUUCCAGCCUUAUUUGGUGUGUAUAUCAUAGCUUCGUAGCUGGGCCUUGAAGUCUUCUACAAAAGCAAUGACAAGCUAGCCUGCCGAAACUGCUCAGUGGAAAAAUAAAAAUAGCAUAAAUUGUAAUCAAAACACAACAGGAACUAUAGUCUUUGUAGGAACGUAAAGAAACUGCUAGCUUUUGCAAAGGAGCUGUUGCUUGCCUACAUGAAAACUGGCCCAGCUACAAGCGCCAUGUUCCAACAACAGUAAAAGUGCCAACAUUGACUGCACGUGCAACGGUUUAAAAACCCUUGAAGGAAAAAUAACUUCCUACGAAAUUGAAGAACAAAAAGGGAUGGAAGCUGCUAACUUUUUAUGUGUCAUUGUUACAUACUUCACCUUGUCUGUUUUCUUCACAUUUCUUCACUAUUAAAGGCUUUAACGCUUUUAGAAUAUCUACAUUGUUUCAAUCUUGUCGUUCUAGUUGUACAUGGUGAUCAAUCCGUGUGUACGUGUGUACAGAUAUAUAUAUCUAGAUGUGGGCAUAAGGGAAAGUUCUUGGUGUGCAAUAGAUAUGCUUAAGUAUUUCUCCAUGUUUGACAGUCUUUUGAAAAUCAGACAUUCAUACAAGUAACAUAGAUCUAUGAUAGAAGUAAUUAUGCUAACCUUUAUUAACAGUGUGGAGUGAUUUCAGCAUAUUUUGGUUCAGAUCUAUGUGCACAACUUUUAUGUACAUGUAGGUAGGGGUGUGGAUUUCAUUUAUAUGAUUCUCUACAUGUACCUGGGACCCUAUAGGUGAACUAAGUUGGAUGUAUGGAUGGUGAAAAGACAAAAUCAGGGAGCCCUCAUAAAAGUUCUUCAUUGAUUGGAUAGCAUCUAUGAUAAGCCAUGUAAAUAAGGAUUGUGUAUAUUAUCAGAGUACUGUAGUCUUUGUACAGUAGUACUUGCUGAUAUCUUCCAUUGUAGGGACAAUUGCGACCAAAGUCCUUCAUUAAUCAUCUGUUUCUGUGAAUGAAAAAAACUCAGAUUGUUCUGAAAUACUGUCAGUAUUGAUAGAAUAAUGUCAUCUGAAGCGUGCAAGAGGGCUUUGUGCAGCAGACUUUUUGAUGUUACAUUCCACGCUCUGUACAUGUCAAAAUGCGUGAAAUAACAAGAGCAAGAAUAUAUGAUGUAGAUUGCACUGUUUU